GUCUGGCAAACGAGAGGAGGCAGACAUGGCGCGAGCGUGCGGUGUCGGAGCCGCGUAGAUGCGGUUGGCAGGGAGCUCGUAAAAUGAGUAUGAGAGCGACGUGUCGGAGGUCGCCACGAGAUCACAGGACGUCUGACGUAUACCUGUAGUGAUAUAUUGAUGUGAUGUUGCGUGCUGGUCGAAGGCUGUGAGCCGAAAGCAUAAGAGUGAGGCCUCUGGCUCGCUGGAAUGGAAGUAAACUUCACGUCUACAAGUUUGACGUAUUCUGGAAAUUUAGUCCCAGGCAUUCAUACUCCAGCAUGUACGACCUCAACGAAGGACAGCAGUAUCCUGACCCUGGACUGUGCAAUCGUUCUGCCAGCAGGCCUCCGCACUUGAAUCAGACUGUGUGCGGAUGCCGGUGUGGGCGUGCAAGUGGCCACAGUCGAGGAAGUGAUGAUGACGACCGGCAGAACGAUGAUACCUUGACUUUGGUGGGUUCUGAUACUUCUGACAACGAGUUCGGCUUCCGCAGUGAGGCCACGCUCGACGAAGCUGUCGACACGAGCAGAAUUCUCGCCAGUCAAUCCCCUUUUCAGGAGGGAUUCUCAAGAGUCAGCAGUCCUGGUAUGCCGGCGGGGCAUUCAUUGUACGGUAGUCCGGGGUCGGAGUCUGACUACAGUGACACUGCAGACAGUAUGGACAACGAGCCCAGCAGUGAUGCACAUAGCGAGAUGACAGCGGAUUCGCGAUCCGUUCAUCCAAUGUCGCCGGGUCCUGGACAGGGUGCUUGGGCAGAUCUCGAGUACCACUUCCUUGCAAGGCCCCUCAGACUGACCCCACAAGCUCAGUAUUGUCGCGGGGUCGUUGCUUCUCAUCUAAUCCUUGAUGAUGACCAGUGCCUUGGGCUUUGAACGAUGCAAAAUUUACUAGAGCUAGACGAGCGUGAGUUGACUGAGAUCGCGUUUCUGGGAGGAUGGCUUUCUGUUUUGAUUCAAUGGAUGGUUUGGAAGGGCCACGGGGCGUUGGCAGUUGCUUCGAGCAUGGCGGUCGGAGUGUUCUCGGAGUGUGGUAAACUAGGGACUGCUUCUAGGACAAUUUAACUUUGUUAGAAUGAUGCUGGAGGCUGAUCCGGGGAAAGUCAAUGUGCGGGGAACGC